GCUGCUGCAUCCCAUGUGAAAAGCAGAGGAUAAAAUGAAGAUUUCCCAGUGCAACAUGCAAAACUGGCUGUUUCCAGCUCUGCUGGUCAUUGCUUAUUUUUGCGCCAUUGUCCAGGGUCAAGUGGCUCCACCCACACGGUUAAGAUAUAAUGUAUUAUCUCAUGACAGUAUACAGAUUUCAUGGAAGGCUCCAAGGGGGAAAUUUGGUGGAUACAAACUUCUUGUGACUCCAGCUUCAGGUGGCAAAACCAAUCAGUUGAAUCUCCAGAACACUGCAACUAAAGCAAUUAUUCAAGGUCUUAUGCCAGACCAGAACUACACGGUUCAAAUUAUUGCAUACAACAAAGACAAAGAAAGCAAGCCAGCCCAAGGUCAAUUCAGAAUUAAAGAUUUGGAAAAAAGAAAGGAACCAAAACCCAGAGUCAAGGUUGUGGAUAAAGGAAAUGGGAAUAAACCGUCUCCACCUGAGGAAGUGAAGUUUUUCUGUGAAACUCCAUCCGUUGCUGAUAUUGUGAUCCUGGUUGAUGGUUCAUGGAGUAUUGGAAGAUUCAACUUCAGACUGGUUCGGCUUUUCUUGGAGAACCUGGUGACAGCCUUCAACGUGGGCUCAGAGAAGACACGAAUUGGUCUUGCACAGUAUAGCGGCGACCCCCGAAUAGAAUGGCACUUGAAUGCCUUCAGCACAAAAGAUGAGGUCAUCGAAGCGGUCCGAAAUCUACCCUAUAAGGGAGGAAAUACACUAACAGGUCUUGCUUUGAACUACAUUUUUGAAAAUAGCUUUAAACCAGAAGCAGGAGCAAGGACUGGAGUGUCCAAAAUUGGCAUUUUAAUCACAGAUGGAAAGUCCCAAGAUGAUAUUAUUCCACCAUCUAGAAACCUCCGUGAAUCUGGUGUAGAACUCUUCGCCAUAGGGGUGAAAAACGCAGAUGAGAAGGAACUGCAGGAGAUCGCCUCUGAACCAGACAGCACUCAUGUCUACAAUGUUGCCGAAUUUGACCUGAUGCACACAGUUGUGGAGAGCCUGACGAGGACUGUCUGCUUCCGGGUGGAAGAACAGGACAGGGAGAUCAAAGCCUCAGCUCUUGCCACCAUUGGGCCGCCUACAGAGCUGAUUACUUCUGAAGUCACUGCCAGAAGCUUUAUGGUUAACUGGACUCAUGCCCCAGGAAAAGUGGAAAAAUACAGAGUCGUGUAUUAUCCUGCCAGGGGUGGAAAACCAGAGGAGGUGGUGGUGGAUGGAAGUGUGUCUUCCACGGUGUUGAAAGGCUUAAUGUCUUUAACUGAAUAUCAGAUAGCAGUCUUCGCAAUAUAUGCUCACACGGCCAGUGAAGGCUUACGGGGAACCGAAACCACACUUGCUUUACCCAUGGUUUCUGAUCUUGAACUAUAUGAUGUAACUGAGAACAGUCUGAGGGCAAAAUGGAAUGCAGUGCCUGGAGCAUCAGGAUACCUGAUCCUCUAUGCUCCUCUCACGGAGGGUCUGGCUGGGGAUGAAAAAGAGAUGAAAAUUGGAGACACCCACACAGAUAUUGAAUUGAGUGGGUUGAUGCCCAAUACGGAGUACACAGUUACAGUUUAUGCCAUGUUCGGAGAAGAGGCCAGCGAUCCUGUCACAGGCCAAGAAACCACAUUGCCUUUAAGUCCACCAAGAAACCUGAGAAUCUCCAAUGUUGGCUCUAACAGUGCUCGGUUAGCCUGGGACCCAACGUCAAGAAAGAUCAGUGGUUAUCGAAUUGUAUAUAACAAUGAAGAUGGCACUGAAAUUAAUGAGGUUGAAGUCGAUCCUGUUACUACCUUCCCUCUGAAGGGCUUGACACCGCUCACAGAGUACACUGUGGCCAUUAUCUCUAUCUAUGAUGAGGGGCAGUCGGAGCCUCUGACUGGAAUUUUUACAACAGAGGAGGUUCCAGCCCAGCAAUACUUGGAAAUCGAUGAGGUGACGACAGAUAGUUUCAGAGUGACCUGGCAUCCCCUUUCGGCUGAUGAAGGGCAGCACAAGUUGAUGUGGAUUCCAGUCUAUGGUGGGAAGACUGAAGAAGUUCUCCUAAAAGAAGACCAAGACUCACAUGUUAUUGAAGGCCUGGAGCCCGGCACUGAAUAUGAAGUGUCGCUCUUGGCCAUACUGGAUGAUGGGAGCGAGAGUGAGGUGGUGACCGCUGUGGGGACCACACUUGACAGUUUUUGGACUGAACCUUCUACGACCAUAGCCCCCACCAGACCUGUGACGUCAGUUUUCCGAACGGGAAUCAGAAACCUGGUUGUAGAUGACGAAACCACUUCUAGCCUGCGGGUAAAAUGGGACAUUUCAGACAGCAGCGUGCAGCAGUUCAGGGUGACCUACCUGACUGCUCAAGGGGACCAUGUGGAAGAAGUGGUAGGAACGGUUAUGGUGCCUGGAAGCCAGAACAAUCUCCUUCUGAAGCCUCUGCUUCCCAAUACUGAGUACAAAGUCACGGUGACUCCCAUCUACGAUGAUGGAGAAGGUGUCAGCGUCUCUGCCCCUGGAAAAACCUUGCCGCCCUCUGGUCCCCAAAACUUACGGGUCUCAGAAGAAUGGUAUAACAGGUUGCGCAUUACAUGGGAUCCCCCAUCUUCCCCUGUAAAGGGCUAUAGGAUUGUCUACAAACCUGUUAGUGUUGCUGGCCCGACCCUGGAAACUUUUGUGGGAGCUGACAUUAACACCAUUCUUAUCACAAACCUCCUCAGCGGAAUGGACUACAAUGUGAAAAUAUUUGCCUCCCAGGCCUCAGGCUUCAGUGACGCUCUGACGGGCGUGGUGAAAACAUUGUUCUUGGGUGUGACCAAUCUUCAAGCAGACCAGAUUCAAAUGACUAGCUUGUGUGCUCGGUGGCAGGUGCAUCGUCAUGCCACUGCCUAUAGGGUGGUUAUAGAAUCACUCCAGGACACAAAAAAGCAAGAAUCCACAGUGGGUGGAGGGACAACCAGGCAUUGCUUCUAUGGACUUCAGCCUGAUUCAGAAUAUAAAAUCAGUGUUUACACAAAGCUUCAGGAGAUCGAGGGACCCAGUGUGAACAUAAUGGAAAAAACACAGUCACCUCCUACUCAACCACCCACUUUUCCUCCGACCAUUCCACCAGGAAAAGAAGUAUGCAGAGCUGCCAAGGCAGACCUGGUGUUUAUGGUGGAUGGAUCCUGGAGUAUUGGAGAUGAAAAUUUCAAUAAGAUCAUUAACUUUCUGUAUAGCACUGUUGGAGCCCUGAACAAGAUCGGUGCUGAUGGAACUCAAGUUGCAAUGGUUCAGUUCACUGAUGACCCCAGAACAGAAUUUAAACUAAAUGCCUACAACACCAAAGAGACCCUUCUUGAUGCAAUUAAACAUAUUUCAUACAAAGGAGGAAAUACAAAAACAGGAAAAGCAAUCAAGCAUGUCCGAGAUAGUUUGUUCACUGCAGAGUCAGGGACCAGAAGAGGUAUCCCAAAGGUCAUCGUGGUUAUAACUGAUGGCAGGUCACAAGAUGAUGUGAACAAAAUCUCCGGGGAGAUGCAAUCAAAUGGCUACAGCAUCUUUGCAGUCGGUGUGGCUGAUGCAGAUUACUCAGAGUUGGUUAGCAUUGGCAGCAAGCCCAGUUCACGGCACGUCUUCUUUGUGGAUGACUUUGACGCCUUUAAGAAAAUUGAAGAUGAGUUGAUUACUUUUGUCUGCGAAACCGCUUCAGCAACCUGCCCGCUGGUGUACAUGGAUGGCGUUGGUCUUGCAGGAUUUAAGAUGAUGGAAAUGUUUGGCUUGGUUGAAAAGGAUUUUUCAUCUGUGGAGGGGGUUUCCAUGGAGCCUGGUACCUUCAAUGUGUAUCCCUGUUACCGAAUUCAUAAAGAUGCCCUGGUUUCCCAGCCAACCAAAUAUUUGCAUCCAGAAGGAUUGCCCUCCGACUACACAAUGAGUUUUCUAUUCCGGAUUCUUCCUGACACUCCAGAGGAGCCAUUUGCUCUUUGGGAGAUUUUAAAUAAAAAUUCUGACCCAUUGGUUGGAGUCAUUUUAGAUAAUGGUGGUAAAACCUUAACAUAUUUCAACUAUGACUACAGUGGGGAUUUUCAAACUGUUACUUUUGAAGGACCUGAAAUUAGGAAAAUUUUCCAUGGUAGCUUUCACAAGAUACACAUUGUUGUCAGCAAGACUUUGGUCCAAGUGGUUAUUGACUGCAAGCAUGUGGCUGAGAAGGCAAUAAAUGCCUCAGCUAAUAUCACGUCGGAUGGUGUUGAAGUCCUGGGGAGAAUGGUCAGAUCAAGGGGACCAAAUGGAAACUCUGCACCAUUCCAGUUACAGAUGUUUGAUAUUAUCUGUUCCACAUCAUGGGCCAAUAGAGAUAAAUGCUGUGAACUUCCAGGCCUGAGGGAUGAGGAGACCUGCCCAGAGCUACCACAUUCCUGCUCCUGUUCUGAAGUCAAUACUGGGACUCUGGGACCAGCAGGCCCACCAGGUGGUCCAGGGCUCCGAGGACCGAAGGGCCAACGAGGUGAACAGGGUUCAAAGGGACCAGAGGGCCCUCGAGGUGACACAGGCCCUCCAGGACCCCAGGGUCCCCCUGGACCCCAAGGACCAAGUGGUCUGUCCAUUCAAGGAAUGCCUGGAAUGCCAGGUGCUAAAGGAGAAAAAGGAGAGACUGGCCUUCCUGGCCCACAGGGUAUCCCGGGAAGCAUUGGUUCACCAGGACGCGAUGGCUCUCCAGGCCAGAGGGGCUUUCCUGGAAAGGAUGGAUCCUCUGGCCCUCCAGGACCACCAGGGCCAAUUGGCAUUCCUGGAGCCCCUGGAGUCCCAGGGAUCACAGGAAGCAUGGGACCUCAAGGUGCCCUGGGGCCACCUGGUAUCCCUGGAGCCAAGGGAGAGCGCGGAGAAAGAGGGGACCUGCAGUCUCAAGCCAUGGUGCGGGCGGUGGCACGUCAGGUGUGCGAACAGCUCAUCCAGAGUCACAUGGCCAGGUACACGGCCAUCCUCAACCAGAUUCCCAGCCAGUCCUCAUCAGUCCGGACCAUCCAGGGGCCUCCUGGGGAGCCUGGCAGACCAGGGUCACCUGGAACCCCUGGUGAACAAGGACCCCCAGGGACCCCAGGCUUCCCAGGAAAUGCAGGCGUGCCAGGGAGCCCGGGAGAACGAGGUCUAACUGGUGUCAAGGGAGAAAAAGGAAAUCCAGGCAUUGGAACACAAGGUCCAAGAGGCCCCCCCGGACCAGCAGGACCUUCAGGGGAGAGUCGGCCAGGAAGCCCCGGGCCCCCCGGCUCUCCUGGGCCCAGGGGUCCACCUGGUCACUUGGGGGUGCCUGGACCACAGGGUCCUUCUGGCCAGCCUGGAUACUGCGACGCUUCUUCGUGUUCUGCCUACGGGGUAGGAGCUCCCCAUCCCGAUCAACCGGAAUUCACUCCUGUCCAAGAUGAGCUAGAAGCCAUGGAACUGUGGGGCUCGGGCAUCUGA